CGACGCUUUAGUCGGCGGGAGCGGGUGUGAAUCGGGCCGGCUGCUACCAUGAGGUUGAAUCAGAACAUCUUGCUGCUGGGGAAGAAGGUGGUCCUGGUACCUUACACCUCAGAGCAUGUGCCUAGGUACCACGAGUGGAUGAAAUCGGAGGAGCUGCAGCGUUUGACGGCCUCCGAGCCACUGACCCUGGAGCAGGAGUAUGCCAUGCAGCGCAGCUGGCGGGAGGAUGUUGACAAGUGUACCUUCAUUGUGCUGGAUGCAGACAAGUGGCGGGCCCAGCCAGCCUCCCCAGAAGAGAGCUGCAUGGCGGGAGAUGUGAACCUCUUCCUCACAGACCGAGGGGACCCCACCCUAGGGGAGAUCGAGGUCAUGAUUGCAGAGCCCAGCUGUCGGGGCCGGGGCUUUGGCACCGAGGCCGUCCUCAUGAUGAUGUCCUACGGUGGCUGUGAGCAGCGUCUUCCAGGAGGUGACGCUCAGGCUGAGGGGCCGCAGCACCUGACGCUCAGCCAGCCCUGCUUUCUGGCUCCCCCAGGUGGCUGUGAGCAGCGUCUUCCAGGAGGUGACGCUCAGGCUGACGGUGAGCCAGCCGCACCGCCAGUGGCUUCUGGAGCAGACCAGCCACGUGCAGGAGCAGCCCUACAGGGAUGGGACCUCAGAGCCCCGCUGACAGCCGCCUAUGGGCCACCCCCCUCAUCACGGGUGUCGGGGCUCCAAGAGUCGGGAGCCCGGCAGCAGAGACCACGGACAGGGCCUUCGGGGCAGAGUGCCCCAGCCCCACUCCAGCCUGGGCACCUCCGUUUGGGGCCCUUCAGACUCGGGGUCUGACUUGCCUUGGCCUCCCUGGCUGGCUGCACGCAUGGCUGCGCGACUCCACGGCCAGCCCCUCUGGGCCAACCUGGUUGGGCUCUCCGAGCCUGGAGUGAGUGAGAGGCGGGAGGAUGGAGGUGGAGGCCAAGGUGGGGCUGGUGAAUGGACAGCACCCCCUCUCCCCUGGGAGGCUGGAGGUGCUACUCUGGGGCAGAGGCCCUGGCUGCAAGUAAAGCAGAUGACACCACACGGCGGGCUCUCCUGAUUUCCUCAUUGGGCCUGAGGGGAGGGGAGCUACCAGGAGGCCCGGCCUGCAGUUUCCAGGCCCGUGGUGAGAAUAGGGCGGCAGCUCAGGCUGCUGUUGUCCAGCUGAAGCAGGCCGGCUGCGACCCCAAGGUUUGGAAAUGAGUGUCCUGGCCUUGGCUGGACAGGUGGCUUGGAAGGUGGGAGUGCCCUUGCUCCUUUCUCUGGGAGUAAGUUAGUGUGGGAUACAGCUCCUAGUGGCUGGAGGACUCCCCGCUGUGCCUGAAGCUGGAGCUUCCUGCAAGGGCCUUUCGAGAAGCAGCUCAGCUGUACCAGUGGUGGCGGGGGCAAGGCCACCGGUGUGCCCCACCCUCUGGGGCAGCUGUCCCUGACAUGGUCGGGAGGGGGCGCCAGAGGCUCAGGUUCGGGAUGGCCAGGUUGCAAGGCAGCGGGUGCUUCAAAGGUGGAGCUGAGCUAAGUCUCCCCACCUUAGCCAGGGGGACCCAUUUGACUCCUAGUGGCCCCUCAGCUCCAUCAUAGUCUGGGGUGGCCAUCAAGAAAGGCCAGGCAAGUUUCAGAACCCAGUUGUGGAGGAGGCGCGAGGGUAUGUGAACAGAGGAAGUGGUCCCAUCUAAGCUGAGGCAGUGCGCCCAAGGCCUGUUUUUUGGCCACAGAGCCAGAGCCUGCUGAGGCCUCAGCUCCCAGUCCCUCCAUCCUGGCAUCUCGCACCAAACUACAUAUGUAAAAUCUACGAUCUGAAACAUGACUGAAUCUAAGACAAAAAUUUGUUCGCUUGCUGGGGCGGCCCAGCCCCGGGAGCCACCUGCUCAGGACACCUGUCCCCUCCGCCUAAUCAAAGGGCUGCACGGUUACCUAUGGCAGGUGAGGUAGGGAGCGGCCCCUUCACAACCCUACAGAGCUGCUCACCUGUGGGAGGCCUGCUCCAUCAGGGGUCAAAGGGUAGAGGCAGGGGUGGGGCCAGACCUCGUGAUUGGUGCCAUGAUAAGGGUUUGGAUGGUCUUCUUGAGCUGAUGGAAUUCAGGCCCUAACUAGAGGCCAGAGAUGACCAGACAUGACUAGCCCUCUUCUCAAGCCCGAGGGCUCCUCUCCCAGGUGUGCUAUCACCCUCCUUCCGUGUUCUCAGGCCUAGGAACCUGGCUUCCUGGUGGUCUCCUGGUACAGAGUAACCAGGGACCAACCUGCUUUCCUGCCCUGGCAGCCCUCAGGAUGUGGCUUGAGGUGCCAGAGGUACAGGAACCAGUGUCUCUGAUGUGGGAACAUGGCAUGUUACCCUGGGAAGUGCCAUCUACCCUACCAGCCUGAACAAGUACCCUCCAAUCAGGUCCUUGGCCAGAUAAGCUAGUCUGGUGCCAGCUCAAGCCUCCCCUGGGAAUCCUGCACCCCCUACCUGCGGGUAGCAAGAUGGGUAGCAACCCUCGUUUGCAUUCCAAAUCCAGCUCCACCUGGAGUGGUGUUAGGGGA